AUGUCCUUCGAUACAAUUGCCAAUUCGCGUUUUUUAAUACGCGCACUUACCUUUUUGGGACUUUGGCCUGUGGUCAGUGGCAAUGGCGGGGGCUCGUGGUUCAAACGAUAUUACCGCUGCUAUCAACUUUUCUUACACAUUACACUUACGUUUACACUUUCACUACUCAUGUGGCUCGAUGUGAUCUUCAGUGACAAUCUGGACCAUGCUACCCAAGUGCUAAAAUUCUUACUCACCGAAAUGAGUUUGGUGCUCAAAAUUUUCAACAUCUGGCACUACUCACUAAAGGCUGCAGGUUUGCUGCAUGAAUGGCAGAUGAGUGAACUUUUCGUGCCGCAGACGGUCGGCGAGCAGGUGAUGUGGCGAUGCGCACAACGUGCCUUUCAUAAAGUGGUUAUUAUCUAUGUCUGCUGCAGCUUUAACGCGGCCAUCUGUGCAUUUGUUGCGGUGCCGUUUAUGAAUACGCGCGAGCUGCCAUUUCCAUUUUGGUUGCCACGAAAAUGGCGUGAGGACUAUUACUGGGCAAUGUACUUUUAUGAGUUCAUCGCAAUGCCGUUCACUUGUUUAUGCAACCUUCAAAUCGAUUUAUUCCUAAGCUACUUUCUAUUGCAUUUAACACUCUGCCUGCGUGUAAUUGGUAAGCGUUUGGAGCGUUUGGGCAAUGCAACAGAAGACGAUGCAGUUACCAAAGAAUUCGUGAAGAUUAUGAAAAUGCAUCAGUGUGUUAUUGAGGAAAAUCCCGCUGAAUACUUGGCCAUGUUACAAUACGUUGUAGCCAUGUCCAUGGAAAUAUUCUUACCUUGCUAUUAUGCCAAUGAAUUAACUGUGCAAUCAGAAAAGUUGAGUUAUCACCUUUAUUGCUGCGAUUGGACUGGAAUGUCCGUCUAUAAUAGGCGCAUGAUUUUCCUCUACAUGGAAUAUUUAAACCAGCCUUUGGUCUUGCAUGCCGGCCAAUUUUUCAAAAUCGGAUUAUCUAUUUUUUCUAAGACUAUGAAUAAUGCCUACAGUCUACUGGCUCUUUUACUUCGCGUAAGUGAUGAUAAUAAAAAUUAAGGAUAAGUUACACUAGUA